AGCCUCUUUCUUUCCUUGGACUGCAGCAGAGAAAACCGCUGCAUCGAAGAAGAAGAAACAAGAAAAUCUCUGCGCGAUGCUUUCUAUCUCUGUAGCUGAGUAGAGAGAGGAGAGAAACAAGGAAAGCACCGAGCUCUUCACCAUGCAUCAAUCCCUCUGCAGGCUGCUGGUGGUCUCUGACAGGACAGGGAGCUUUCCAAUCUGAGACCAACUGUAUCUAUUUCAGCACUGUCUGGCUGCUCCCAUCCAAUGGAAUUGGACAUCAUUACUUAAUCAUUAGCAUCCUGGCAGCUGGCUGGCUCCUAAUAAACUGCCUUAAGUCCUGCUCUGUCUGCUGAGCGGAGAAAGAAAAUAUAACUUUGUGUUGCACCUGGUGGAAUAAAAUCUCAAUAGAUUUGAAUUAAAGACUUUUCGUGCCAAAGUUCCUCGUGCCAAGAUGGAUGAAACACACAACAACAGGACUUCCUUGGCUAAAGGUGCCAAGGACAUCGCUAAAGAAGCCAAGAGGCAAGCUGCCAAAAACCUCAGCAAAGCUGUUGACCGAGCCUCAGACGAAUACUCCACCCACCGCAGCUACAACCGCUUCCAGAACGAGGACGAAGAGGAGAACAACUACAACACUUAUGGCGACAACGCGGCCAACGACGAGGACGGGGCCUCCAGCGACGCCACCGAGGGCCACGACGACGAGGACGAGAUCUACGAGGGGGAGUACCAGGGCGUGCCGGGCCACGGCGAGGGGAAGCUGCGGGACGGGCAGGUGGCGCUGGGCCAGCCGCUGUCCGACAGCUCAAAGAGCCGCAAGGAGCUGGAGAACGAGAGGCAGGCGGACGAGGAGGAGCUGGCCCAGCAGUACGAGCUCAUCAUGCAGGAGUGCGGCCACGGGAGGUUCCAGUGGCAGCUCUUCUUCGUGCUCGGCCUGGCGCUCAUGUCGGACGGCGUGGAGGUCUUCGUGGUGGGCUUCGUCCUGCCCAGUGCUGAGACGGACAUGUGUGUCCCAAACUCUGGUGCCGGAUGGCUCGGCAGCAUCGUGUACCUGGGGAUGAUGUUCGGAGCGUUCUUCUGGGGCGGCCUGUCGGACAAGCUGGGCCGUAAACAGUGUCUGCUCAUAUCCAUGUCUGUCAACGGCUUCUUCGCCUUCCUGUCCUCCUUCGUGCAGGGAUACAGCAUGUUCCUGCUCUGCCGCAUGGUGUCCGGCUUCGGGAUCGGGGGAGCCGUGCCGAUCGUGUUCUCGUACUUUGCGGAGGUUUUGGCUCGAGAGAAGAGAGGAGAGCAUCUGAGCUGGCUGUGCAUGUUCUGGAUGAUCGGAGGGAUCUACGCCUCGGCCAUGGCCUGGGCCAUCAUCCCACACUACGGCUGGAGCUUCAGCAUGGGGUCCGCCUACCAGUUCCACAGCUGGAGAGUCUUUGUGGUGGUUUGUGCGCUGCCGUGUGUCUCUGCAGUGGUCGCGCUCACCUUUAUGCCUGAGAGCCCACGCUUCUUCCUGGAGAUGGGUAAACACGACGAGGCCUGGAUGGUCCUCAAACAGAUCCACGACACCAACAUGCGAGCCCGAGGAGAGCCGGAGAGAGUCUUCACUGUGAACAGGAUCAAAAUUCCCAAACAGCUGGACGAGCUGGUGGAGAUGCAGAAUGAGUCAGCCAACCCUGUUCUCAAGGUCCUCUACAAGAUCAAGGCCGAGCUCAGAGGAAUCUGGUUGACUUUCAUGAGGUGCUUCGACUACCCGGUGAAGGACAACACUCUGAAGCUGGCUGUGGUCUGGUUCACGCUGUCUUUUGGCUACUAUGGGCUCUCUGUUUGGUUCCCGGACGUCAUCAAACACCUCCAGGCCGACGAGUACGCCUCCAGAGUGAAGAUCCACAACAACGAACGCAUCGAGGACUUCACCUUCAACUUCACUCUGGAGAACCAGAUCCACAGGAACGGACUCUUCCUCAACGACAGGUUCAUCGGUAUGAAGUUCAAAGCCGUCACGUUCAUCGACUCGUCGUUCCUCAACUGCUUCUUUGAAGACGUCUCCUCCGUCGGAUCCUUCUUUAAAAACUGCACCUUUGUGGAUUCUUUCUUCUACAACACGGACAUCGACGACCUGAAGCUGACCUCCUCCAGAGUGAUCAACAGCUCGUUCCACCACAACAAGACGGGCUGCCAGAUGACGUUUGACGACGACUACAGCGCCUACUGGGUCUACUUCGUCAACUUCCUGGGGACGCUGGCCGUGCUGCCCGGGAACAUCGUCUCCGCCCUCCUCAUGGACAAGAUCGGACGCCUCAGCAUGCUAGGAGGCUCCAUGGUGCUGUCAGGCAUCAGCUGCUUCUUCCUCUGGUUCGGCACCAGCGAGUCCAUGAUGAUCUUCAUGCUGUGUCUCUACAACGGCCUCAGCAUCUCCGCCUGGAACUCUCUGGACGUGGUCACCACCGAGCUCUACCCCACAGACCGCAGGGGCACAGGCUUUGGCUUCUGUAACGCCAUGUGUAAGCUGGCAGCCGUGCUGGGAAACCUCAUCUUCGGCUCGCUGGUCGGCAUCACCAAGGCCAUCCCCAUCCUGAUGGCGUCCUCGGUGCUGGUUGGCGGCGGGCUGGUGGGGCUCCGGCUGCCAGACACGCGAGCCAACGUCCUCAUGUAACCGUGGAGACGGACGGUGGCGGUUCACCAGGUGUUUACUCUCAACUACUCACUCAUGGACGGGUUUAUUUCAAUGUCACUGCACAGCUGCCAUUCUUCUCUUGUUUAUUAUUUGAUGAAUAAUGUUGAUUAUGUUCACAAACAAGUACAGGACACACGAGUAAAUACCUGGUGAAUUAACAACAUGGUCUCACAGGAAUCUGUGAAAUAGCCACGGAUUCGCUUAACUCAAAAUCCGUGGAAUAGCCACGGAAUCACUCAAAUUUCCGUGAAACUGACACGGAUUUGGCUACAAUGCAAGUUAAUGCCAGUCAUAUCCCGUGGCUAUUCCAACAUACAAAGUGAUUAUGUACAUUCACUGAGUGAAUAUUUAGAAAAUAAAACAUAUAUUUCUCGCUAGAAAUGUGAUCAAAAUCCAUUUUUAUGCAGAAUCUAAGUCAAAAUAUUGAUUUUUUUUUCACUAAAAAUGAGAGAACUGUCCUCCAUGUUUUUUGUUCUGACCGCCGGGACCUUGAAAGUCACGUGACUUGGAACAAACCAAUAGGAACAAAUAUUAACUUGCAUUGUAGCCAAAUCCGUGUCAGUUUCACGGAAAUUUGAGUGAUUCCGUGGCUAUUCCACGGAUUUUGAGUUAAGCGAAUCCGUGGCUAUUUCACGGAUUCCUGUGAGACCAGGUUCUGAAUUAAACAUGAUAAUGAAAUGCAGUUUUACGUCACAAUGAGCUGUGGAUAUGUAGAGUUAUAAGACGUCGAUAGAAAUGUUAGAAAUGUGCAAAGUGCAUUCCUGCAGGAACUCAGAAACAAAGAUAAAUAAAUAAAACUCUGUAUAUCUGCAGCUCUCUAACUGUUUCACACAUGCAGCUCACACAUGCAUGUGUCAAAGCUGCAAAAGGCUCGAACGUCUGACAAACUUCACCUUCCUCAUCCUCUUCAGUCACAUUAAAGAUAAAAACUGACAUUUUUUGGAAACACUAGCAGCUGUUUAGUAGAGCUUAACGUCUGGAAGCAUUUUGGUGGAACAACUAAACUGUUUCUGGCCAAAGAUACAUCUACAAAACCUGGAGCCACUCAGAUUGUUUUAUUUAUUACAAAUAUAUUACUUACG